CUGUGGGCGCAUCGCGAGCCGGUUGGGGUGGCUUUGGUAGUGGCGGCGACAUGGACAACGCGGGGAAGGAGCGUGAGGCCGUGCAGCUGAUGGCGGAGGCCGAGAAGCGAGUCAAAGCCUCCCACUCCUUCCUGCGAGGGCUGUUUGGAGGAAACACAAGAAUAGAAGAGGCUUGUGAAAUGUAUACCAGAGCUGCAAAUAUGUUCAAGAUGGCUAAAAAUUGGAGUGCUGCUGGAAAUGCGUUUUGUCAAGCAGCCAAGCUCCAUAUGCAGCUUCAGAGCAAACAUGAUUCUGCUACUAGUUUUGUGGAUGCUGGGAACGCUUAUAAAAAGGCAGACCCACAAGAGGCUAUCAACUGCUUAAAUGCAGCCAUCGACAUUUACACAGACAUGGGAAGGUUUUCAAUUGCGGCCAAGCACCACAUUACUAUUGCCGAGAUCUAUGAGACUGAACUUGUUGACAUUGAGAAGGCUAUUGCACAUUAUGAACAAUCUGCUGAUUAUUACAAAGGAGAAGAAUCCAACAGCUCUGCUAACAAGUGUCUGCUGAAGGUAGCAGCUUAUGCUGCCCAGCUUGAGCAGUACCAGAAAGCCAUUGAGAUCUAUGAGCAGGUUGGGGCGAACACUAUGGACAAUCCUUUGUUGAAGUACAGUGCAAAGGAUUACUUCUUUAAAGCAGCCCUCUGCCACUUCAUAGUAGAUGAGUUAAAUGCAAAGCUUGCUCUUGAGAAAUAUGAGGAAAUGUUUCCAGCAUUUACUGAUUCAAGAGAAUGUAAAUUAUUAAAAAAGCUUCUAGAAGCUCAUGAAGAACAGAACAGUGAAGCUUACACGGAAGCAGUAAAGGAAUUUGACUCAAUAUCUCGCUUGGAUCAGUGGCUUACUACUAUGUUGCUUCGUAUCAAAAAAUCCAUCCAGGGGGAUGGAGAAGGAGACGGAGACCUCAAAUGAAAUGUUUGUGUCUUUGUGGCAUGCAGCUAACUCCUCUUCAUUUUUGUCUUAGGGCAAAGUGUUCUUUAUGGGAUGCCCACUUAAUGACUUAAUUUUGUUGCAUAUGAGCCAAACGAUCUGUGUAUGAUUUAAACUCACCGUGUCUGUAUGAUGGUGAUUGUGAGUGUGACGCGUGAUUCAUGCUUGUCAGAGCCCCAGUUUUCUGAGAAGUACUUCAUGACUUAUUCCUGUUAUUUGGUUAUUUGCAGAGCCUGUCUUUAGUUUUGCCAUGUUUUUAGGUUCUUUUUCUUGGACUUGAGUACCCAAUCUAGUUGGUUUAAUAUGUGCUUUGCAUAUUCUCUAUACAUUUGCAUCUGGGUGUAUUCUCUAAAUGUCUGUGUUUAGUUAGGACAGUUGUUAGAAAUGAGUUUAUAACUUUCUUUAUUAGAAAUUGUUCCUAUUUUUCGUAUCCUGUGACUAUUUUGAUGGUGCUAGUGAAAAGUUCCAAUGCUUUUUGUAUUGUUUUGUAUGCUAACAUAUGUAUGGCAAGAAUGAAGAACAGCCUGGGUCUGUUGGCAUCACCCACACUGUGAGGACCGGGGCUUCCUGGCAGUGUUUGCUUGUGUGUGUGGAUGAGGUGGAUCUGACUGACUCUAUGAGAGACUAAUUUUCCUUGUUCCUUUAUAUACUUUCUUCCUUUUAGUUGGGUUGAAAUCCCUUCUUUAUAUGCACAUAAAGAUGUUUGAAUUGACACCUACUUUUUCCUGGUUUUCAUUUUCACACACUUUCCCACAUUGACAUACAGUAUUUUCUGUACCAUGGUCAUUUACACUUGGUCAGGGCUGGGUAGAUUAUCUGUGCUGAAGUUUGAGAAUGUAUGUAAAGAAUUGUAUCCGUUCAUUUAACCUGAUGGUUAGGUGGGGGUGAAUCUGGUACUGAGUUUACUAUAUGCCCAGUUGGGCAAGAACCCCAACUUCCUUCUAAGAGACAUGAUUUUUCUCUUAGCUGAUUGAAUUAUUUUAUCUUGUGUGUUUUGACUCUGUCCUGUUUAUUUUGAUUUAAAUAAUAUAUGCUCUCUUGAUUCAUGAAUUUGAUCCUACCCAUUCAUGCUAUGCGCUGGCAGAUACUAUAGAGGUGGUCUUGUUACCAGACAUAACCCAUGGUUCUUUCUAAAUUGUGGUGCUGUCAUUCAUGACAGGUAAUGAAAUUGCCCAUGUUAUGUCAGAUAAUAACCAGUAUUUGAAUGGUGUUUUCGUUUUGGGAUGCACCUUGACUGGGUAGGAUUGUGUUGUACAGAGGUAGAGCAAGUGUGCCCAGACCAGGGGGCAGAGCCAGGAAAGGUUUGGGGUGGGAGGUGUGACUUGGUCAGUCUAGGGCAAAGGAGAAAGGGGCAGGAAAUGCAGUUGAAAAGAGUGAGCUGAGGCCAGAUUGUGGGGGUUCUGCAUCACGUGAUGCCUUGUGAGACUCUGGCGUUCCUAUGGUGGUGCCUAGCCCAGGGUGGUCUGGUGGAGCAGAGAGCUCCGUGAUGUCAUAGUGUUGGGUUGGGUGGAGCAUGUAGACCAGAAGGCAUGGAUACUGGUCUGGACCCUGAGGUGAUCGCUGGAGUUCCUUCUUAACGAAAGUGGAAGAAAGUUGGUCAUCGCUUAAGGUAGAAUUUGGAACGGAGCCCAGUUGCUACUCCAUUGCCUGUUGGACUCCCUUAAGAAAAACGUCAGAGAAAAAAGUGGCUUCUUGUUGCUAUUCCUGAUAUAUUCUACAACCAGCCAAAUUUGCGAAUUGGAAAUUUGGGAGUGGUUUGUAGCUUCUUUCUUCUGUUUCAAGUCUGUUCCAUUUGGAGAGCAUUUAAACACUAGCCAGCCAGUGUGCUUGUUUCAUUGAGGUUGCAAAGUUUCUUUCCGCUUGUUAAAAGAAUCUUCUGGUCUGACAACUAAAGUAAAAUUGCCUCUUUUAAGGCAAUUCUGUUUACCUUUCAUUGUGAUCCCCUAGCAGACGCCUGUCUAAAGAAGAGGUAUGGCUUUUAAAAAUAGUAUUUGUAAACUUUUGUUAGUCAGGCACUCUUUGUAUUGACUGAAAUAAACACUGGGAUCAGAGCCUGGGUUAAGAAUUUUUAUUUUUAAUGUUUUGCAUGAAAAUAAUAAAAAUAAUUGCAACGGCUAGAACAGACCUUCUGGAAGAUGAGAGAAAAAAAGCCAAGUAACAGUGUAUACACUUACUGUUUCAACUGUUCGUUCCCCUGACAUAAGAUAGUACCAUGUUUCUUUCAAAAUGCCUACCAGUUAGGUUUUCAAGAUAUGUAGAAUUGUUAUUUAUGAACAAAGCGAUGGUUAUGUUUGAGAGUUCUUGUAUUUUAAUAAAUCUGGGGUUAGUCCGUAGUUAAAAUUUAUUACAGGAGAGGUUUGCUUUCUGUGGCAACAUUUUUAUAGCUCGUAUUCUUUGUGUUCUUUCCUUAUUUAAUGAUGUGAAAACAGUACUUUUGCACAGUUGUGACCGUGUGUGGUGUCACUAUAACCAAAGCGUAUGCACUGGCCCUGUGCAGUUACUGUUUCCUCCGUAUUGUGCAUUUAAACUGUCCAGAUGCCGACUUUCUGACUUCUGUUGAGGGCUUGGCAGCAUAGCAUGUCACCUGUAACCUGCCCACCGGUGGUGUGAGCUGUGACUACUAGCAGGUUUCCUGCCUUGUGAAGUACUGACUCGGUCACUGCUGGUGUCCCCUCCCUCGUGCCCUCGGACAGAGGAUUAUAUUAUGAAAACUAACCAUGUAACAGUAAAUCUACCUUAGCAGAAAGAAUAUGUAUGUUUUAUGUGAACCUGUACAGUAAAUAAAGUGGAAAUUAUGAGUAAUAUUUUGACUAGUCUUUCCUAGCUAAAUUUAUACAAACCAAGAAUGCCUUUCUUUCCUUGAACUUGUUCCAAAUAAGUGUAAGGCAACAGGCAUUAAUAUUUUCUAAGCUCUGUGAGUAUCCAUUUGAAUAUUAGUUUGACUGUAUUAAAACCUCAAUUGCUUGAUCGAAAUGCAGAGUGCUGUAACUGUUUUGCAGGUACUGAGGGUUUAUGAGAAAACCCUAGUUAGUCUGUUGAUGUUUUCUACUAAAUUUACAUCAUCACUGUGCAGACCUCACAUUCUCAUCCUGCCUGCUGCUCCCAGCAAGGAAUCUUGCUUGAAUCCUUUAGGCUCUAAAAAUCACUUGGAAAGUUGAGGAAGGAGUGGAUCCUGAAAGAUUCUGUGACGUGGUGGUUAGGUGAAGAGCUCCCAAGCCUGACACCCUCCUUCCCGCACCAGCGU